AUGAGCUGGGCCCACCGUGUGUGUGAGAUGAGAGAGGCUGCCUUGGUGUACAUGGACAGGAGUGGAGGUCUGGAGAACUUUAUCCAGGACUGCAAGAAAUACAAUGAAUCAACACACAGUUACACAGUUUAUCGUUUUGUAAUUUCUGUCAAUCCCAUGGAUGUCACAGAGUUGGAUGCCACUCUUGGAAACUACAUUUUGCAUGAGCCGCUGAGAGCCGCUCGGGUUUUUCAAUCGGUCUGUGAUACAGCCAUAAAGACUCUUUCAUUGAUUGGGCAAUAUCAAACUGAGGGUCAGAUACAUGUGAUUCUCAAAUUAACCCAUUUACCUGAAUUACCAGGCUAUCGUCUAAGCCUCAGUGACUUCCCUUUGGAUUACAAAUCACACAGACUAUACAUGCUGGAAGGGGUAGUGACUGCUAUGACCACUGUGACAAAAUACACCCAGGGAGCUAGGUUUUUGUGUUCUGAUGCUAAAUGCCCAUAUUCUAAAGGAUUCCGGUAUAUAAGAAUACACGUACCAGGGGCCACAGAGUCUGCAACUGUGAGAAAUGAUUUUUUAUGUGAUUACUGUGCUUCACCCCUAAAAGAAGAUCUGAAGUACAGAGUUCUUGGUGACAAACAGGUGUUUGAUUUAAUGGACUCCAAAAUAUUGCAAAUUUUUCAAGGAAGUGUCACUAACAGUCAGCAUUAUCGGUUACAGUCAUUUGCUGUGUUUGUGAGAGAUGAGCUAAUUCACAGAAUGAAAUUAGGAGGAAGAUACAGAGUUGUAGGAAUACCAGUAUGUGGAAAUGUUGGUUCUCAAGCCACUGUAUGCAUAGAGGCCAAUAAUAUACACCAAUACAUAGUAGAAAGUCCACAAACAAUAAGCAGGGUUUUUCACAAAAUUCACGCUUUGACUCGGGACUCUCCUUGGAUUUUCACCGGCAUUCUUGCCAAUGUUUUUUCGUCACAAGUAGUCCCAGUUGGUACCUACAAUACGUUAAAACUGUGCAUGUUACUUAGUCUUGUACAGACCAGCAAUGAAGACAGAGAUCCUGUGAAUUUUUUGGAUCUUCUUGUUAUAACAAGUGAUACAUUGACUGUUGAGAGACUUCUAAGUUACGGCAUUAGUCUAGUGCCACGUGGUGUGCGCCAUUUUGUAUCCAAUGAUAUGUUUGCCACAGUAUCGAAAGAUGACCAUGGAACAGGAACUGCUAGUAUCCAGGCUUGUAGUGCUCUGCUAGCCAAAGGAGGGGUAUGCUGCAUAGGAGAUAUGAGUUUGCAGAAAAAAGACAAGCUUGACCACCUCCAAUCAGUUUUGGAGAGCAGAAACACCACUGUGUUUAUUCCUGGAAAGAAGUAUGGCGAAGACGGUGACCAUCAAAUGUUCCUUCCUGUCCAAUGUAAUUUCUGGUCUUAUGUAUCCUACUCAAAGAAGCCUGUUCAAAAGGAAAACAUAGUGAUCGGCCAAGUGGAUUUAAGUUGUCUGCCUCCUAAUCUAGUAGAUUCAUUUGGAAUGUUAGUUUACAUCAAUGACUCUUCACAAAGUCACCCAAUUCUUCCACUUGUACAUCAUAACCUGAGCAGAGCUGUGAGCAAAACUAACUCUCAUUGGACAGCCUCCCAGCAAUUCACCACACAGGACUAUGAAAAGCUUAUUGCCUAUGCAAAGAAUUUGCAAGUGAAUAUGAGUACCAGGGCAGAAAGACUGUUACACGGUUACUACCUAGCAAGCCGAAGGGUACGAAGUGACAUACAUGGAUCUAAAAUAUCAACAUCUGCUCUAAGGCAUCUGUCUUCCAUGGCAGAAGCACAUGCAAAACUCAGUCUUAAAAACCAUGUCACAGAAGCAGAUGUUCUGAUUGCCGUUUUGUUGUUUGAAAUUUCACUUACUUUGAAACAUGGCGGCUCUGUGUUUUCUGUAUCUCCCAAUGCUCUAUUUCCUACGGAACUCUAUGAUGAGAGAUGUUUACACCAGAGAGAUCUACACCUGAGAGAAUAUUACCAGCAGCUACUUACAUUCAUUGCUACAUAUGGGCCUGGAACAUCAUCUUCUAUCUUUGAAGAAUAACUAAAUGACAUAGAGCAGUAAAGACAAAACAAAGUAUC